AACGAUGCUGAACUUUAUCCUGAGUGGGACGUGCUCGGCAAUAUGCCGCCAGGCACGCCUGAGUACUCAAGUGAAGAACUGGAGUCUCGAAUCGCUAAGAGCUUAAGGCAGAAAGAGACCCCCAUUUUCGCAGGCGAAGACAACGAAGAUAUUGAUGUC